GAAACCUUUGUAAUCUACUUUGAACGUCAUCUAAGCAACCUCCAAGAGCACUACACCAGCAUGGUGGCCACAACGGACUUCAGCAGUUUGGUUGAUGUCUCUGCUCCCGUGCCAAGUCAAAUCAACCUGGAUCAGCAUUUCUACUUACAGCGACUGUUGCCAGCCUUGUCGUGGUCUGCUGAUGUCGGUAGUGAGACUCGGUUGGAGAUUUCCGUCUCUACGUCUUACGUGGAAAGGGUCAUCCUGAUAUCCUUCGUCCUACCUGGGCCCAUCGACGGGAUGUUCGGGAUGUGGAGUACGUGGUCGGAGUGCACGGCCACGUGUGGGGCGAGCGUCCAACUCCGCAGCAGGACCUGUGACAGUCCAGCGCCGCAGAACGGGGGCCGGUACUGUGAGGGAGACGCCUCCGAGUUUAAAGUGUGCGUCGGUCAGGAUUGCCCGCGCGGAUCUGUGGACUGGUGUGACCCCACGGAGGAUCGGUGCGGCUCGAGGUCGCACGGCGGAAUUUGCGCCAUGAGGAGGCGGGACUACACCUGUUAUUGCCAGAGCGGCUACAACCGGGUCACCGACAACCUGGGCAACUUCCUGCGAUGCGUGGGUAAGUCCCGAAAAUGA